GUCAAUAUUAGCGCCAUCGCAACUGCAGGGUGUGGGCGAAUCUGCGCCCCGCCACCGGAGCCUAAAAGCAGCACCCUGAAUUUCUCGUCGUUCAAAUCGAGCUUCACUUCCAAUGUUAAUUUCCUGAAGAGAAGAUUCAGCUCGGGAGACUUGUCUUCCGAGGUAGACGAUGUCGAUCCCAACAGCCUUCCGCCGGCGGCUCGUCCCAUCCAGGAUCAGCCAACAAAGCCGCCAGCGGCCAGCGGUGGUCCGCCGAACAUGCCACCGCCCCCGGCUCCGGGUCAACCCUCUGGAGCCGCUCCGGAGCUCUCGCUGAGCUUUGGAGCCGGCAAGGCCCCGACCACGGCCGCACCAGCUCCGCCGCGAGGAGUGAGUGCUCCGACCAGUCCGGCCAAGUCGCGCGAGUCUCUGUUGCAGCGGGUUCAAAGCUUGACCGGCGCAGCCCGGGAUCAGGGCGCCUCCAUAUUGGGAGCUGCGGUCCAGAGCGCCACACAGCGGGCUCCGACCUUCAACAAGGACAAGUACUUCACUCUGCUGGUGCUCGAUGACCAGAACACGGACUGGUCCAAGUAUUUCCGCGGCAGGCGACUGCACGGUGACUUCGACAUCCGAGUGGAGCAGGCCGAGUUCAGGGACAUUACGGUGGUCUCCAGCGCGGACACUGGACCGGUUGUCACCAUGGCUGCCUAUCGGAGUGGCACUCGGGUGGCGCGCUCCUUCCGGCCGGACUUUGUGUUGAUUCGCCAGCCGCCGCGUGACGGAUCCAGCGACUUCCGCUCCACGAUCCUGGGCCUGAAGUACGGCGGAGUGCCCAGCAUCAACUCGCUGCACUCGAUCUACCAGUUCCAGGACAAACCCUGGGUGUUCUCGCACUUGUUGCAGUUGCAGCGGCGCCUGGGACGCGACGGCUUCCCGCUGAUCGAACAGACGUUCUUCCCCAAUCCACGCGAUUUGUUCCAGUUCACAAAGUUCCCCAGCGUGCUGAAGGCUGGACAUUGCCACGGCGGAGUGGCCACCGCCCGGCUGGAGAACCAGAGCGCCCUGCAAGAUGCUGCCGGACUGGUGAGCGGUGCCGGCAACGAUUCGCAUUGUUAUUGCACCAUCGAGCCCUACAUCGAUGCCAAGUUCAGUGUGCACAUCCAGAAGAUUGGCAACAACUACAAGGCAUUUAUGCGCAAAUCCAUCACUGGGAAUUGGAAGACCAAUCAAGGCUCAGCCAUGCUAGAGCAAAUCACCUUAACCGAGAAGUACAAAAGCUGGGUGGAUGAGAUAUCCGAGCUCUUUGGCGGCAUGGAGGUGUGUGGUCUCUCCGUUGUGGUGGCCAAGGAUGGACGCGAGUACAUCAUCAGUGCCUGCGACAGCACUUUUGCCCUGAUCGGAGACACUCAGGAGGAGGAUCGUAGGCAGAUUGCAGAUCUGGUUUCAGGUCGCAUGCAGAACGUCUGCCGCCCCAGCAUGGCCCAGACCGGACCCGGCAAGCUGCCCUCCCGCUCUUCGGUCUCCUCGCGGGCCGAGAGUCCCACGGACGAGGGCAUGGCACCCACUCCGCCGCUACCGGCUGGCCCACGACCGGCGCCCAUGGGUGGACCUCCACCAAUUCCGGAGCGCACCUCACCGGCCGUGGGUUCGAUUGGGCGGUUGAGCAGCCGCAGCAGCAUCUCAGAGCUGCCGGAGGAGCCCUCUUCCUCGACAGGAACAGGACCCAGCACAGUGGGUGGAGUGCGUCGCGAUUCGCAGACUUCGCAGGCCUCGAGCAUCUCCUCGGUGUCCCGGGCGCCAGGACAGCGGCCAGCGCCGGCACAGACCCAGAGCUCGGUUGUGGAGGACGCCGAGGAUACCAUGAAGAACCUGAGGAAGACCUUUGCGGGGAUAUUCGGGGACAUGUAGGAAAUCGCUAACAAGAAGCGCGGCAGAACGGCCAGCGAGACGAGCAGCGGCAGCGGGCCGGGCAGUGUGCCCAGCAGCGCCGGACCGGGAAGCAGUGGCGGCGGCUUCAGUGGCUCCUUCCUGGGCAAGCAGUUCUCGUUCGCCAGCGGUGGCGGCAGCAGCGGUGGGGCAGUGAUCUCCACCCAGCCCACUCAGGAGCCACCAGCUGCUCCGCCGGCCAUUAACAGCAGCAGCGUUUCGGAUAGCGGUACAAAAACUACGGAUACGAAUACAGAUAGCGCCGGAGCUGGAGCCGGUUAUCAGCCGGUGACCAACUUUGAGCCCCAAGAACGGGUCAAUCCCUUUGACAAGGAGCCGCACAAGUCGGCUAGUGGAGCCAGCAUCAAUACAGCAUCCUCCUCAUCCUCGAUGUCGUCCUCCUCCAUCUCAUCGCGCAUCAAUCGGAAUGGCAAUCCCAUCAAGUCCCCGCCACCGCCGGCGGGUCCACCACCGCCGGCGGGUCCACCACCGCCGCCACCCAGUCAUGUGAGCCAUGUGAGCAAUGCCAACAGCUCCAGUGGCUAUAGGAACAGCUUCAGCAGUUCUUUGAGUAAGGACAAGACCAGCUAUGGCAACUAUGGCAGCAGCACUUCGGUGGAGACCAUCACGCGCAUGGACACAAACACCACGAACACAGGAGCCACGGCCACGGAGGCUGGAGAGGCCAGUGGCAUUACGGCCAUUACCAAUAUUAGCAAUAGUGCAGGAGCAGGAACCAUAGCUCCUGUAACAGGUACCAUUACCACCUCGGUCACCACCAAUGACUGGAGAUCGGCCAUUGGCAUGCGCUCGGCCAGCGUGUACAGUGCACCGGCUGCGGUGACCACCACCGGUUUGCCCGGAGACACCUCCGGCUACGACUCCAACUCGAUUGCCUCGCAGGAUGGCGGCCUGAACAAUCCCAGCGAUUUGCCCUCGUACACCCGGCCCUCGUACUCGCGAUCCGAGAGCAAUGCCUCCAAGCAGUCGGAUCUGGACCUGAUUUUUGGGGAUAGCAAGACCACGCCAGCCUCUUAUGGCAAUGGUAAAUACACCCGGGCAGCGGGAUCCAUCUCAGAUGCCGACAUGAUCUUUGGAGGGCCGCCCUCCAACUACAAGACCGAUCGCUUUGGGGCAGCCAAGAGCAUGAGCAUGAGCUCCAGCGGAGUGGGUUCCGGCAAUGGAUCCGGAGCCGGAGGAUAUAAGAUCUACGAUGGCAUUCAGAAUGCAGCAUUCAGCGACUUUAGCGAUUCCGGCAGUGUGAGCAGCAUUGGAUCGCAUACCAAGCGCUGGAGUGCCAAUAGGGAGGAUGAUGAUGAAUUGGACUUGAAGUGAAGGGAAGAGUAGAGGAGGUAUCACCAGUCACUCACAAAACAUAACACACACACUAUACACCACAAGCAAACUACGGAAAACUAUCUAUUUUCUGCCUCUGAAGUUUCCUGGUUUCAUGGGAAUGAUGAACACUAAGCAUCCACACACUCGCUCAUUCAUUUAGUUACUAUUCUUUUGACCAUCGACUAUCCCUAUUCCCUCAUCUAAGCCAUAAGGAUACUCACCCUCAUCAGCAGAUAAUGCUAUGUAGACACUGUAGAACACUACUAAUCUAUAAAUAUAACCACCAAAGCAACACAAUAAUGCAAGGCCCAUUAGAUAAUGACUUAACCGAUGACUUGACUGGUUUUGCAGCAUGAUAUAUAGAAGAUGGGAAUCUGGCAGAAGGAGGAACCUAUUUAAUUACACAUACUUGAAGGCAUUUUGAAAGAUUUUCCAAAAAUAAGAAAGUAUACAUACACAUAUAUUAUUGAGAAGAAUAUUGAAUUAUAUACCAACAUAUUAAAUUGAGACAAAAUAUUCGCAAGCGUAUAUUACAUGUUGACAUGGGAGAACUUUUAAAUAAAUCCAAAUAUUAAUGAAUUUGUUAUAUAUAAAAACCAACAUGAGACACGUAUAAAAAAUCCUAAUACUAUAUAAAAUUAAAGACAAUAUGCGCAGAGUAUAACAAACGGGCGAAUGUUUAAUACUAAUCUAUAUGCGAACAUAAUUAUAAUGGAUAAAUCGGUUAACGAACUAUAUAUGUAUUCGGGAAUUACUAUGAGCAAAUGUUACAUACCAGACACACACGGAAACACACGACUACAAAGCUACUCACACACAAAUUAAAUGUUUAUUAACACAAAUAUUAUGAUUAUUAUUAUGAUGUAUUAGCAGUUAAUGUUUACAAGCAUUCAAAACGAUAAAGAAGAUGCGGGAGACGAGUAUAUGAGAGACAUGGCAGAGUACCAACCACGACAAGCAAUGUUAACCUAGGCUGAAUAACGAACCAAACAUAUUCGAAUAUGGCGAUCUAUAAACGCGGCUUAGUCGGUACAGGAAGCGGUUUGAGAACGGAAUGAUAUUGACGAAUACUUAGAUAAUAUAUAUAUACAUAAAUAAAUAAAUAUUUAUAAAUGUUGCAAGCGACAACGAAGUCAUAUUAAACAUUCAAAGUAUACACAAUAGCUUACUCUAUGAUUUAGCCACAAAUGUUUGAAUGAAUGUUCUUCUGUUACGCACAUGUUUGAGCAUUAUUUAGAGCAAUAGACAAUUUUACAUAUGUUAUAUAUAUUUGAGGAAAAUAUAGUUACGAUUGGGUUGUAUA